CCUCUCUAACCACUAUAGGCCCUUGGCCUGAGAAAGAAUCAAACUUGCCCUUUAAUCCAGCCCAGCAGAAGGCGCUACUGCAACUUCUGUCAUUGUAUAAAGUGUCUAAAAUUGAAAAAGAGGAUAGAAGAAGAAAGACAGAAGUAGGCGUUAAGACUGACGUGCCUGCCAGAUAACAAUAGUGAAGACGUGUUCCUCACUCACACACACCAAAAGUUCUCUCAACAUCCACCAAGAUGGGAAUCCGAAAAAAGAAUAACAAGAACCCACCGGUGCUCAGCCACGAGUUUGUGAUCCAGAACCAUGCGGAUAUUGUGUCUUGUGUUGCUAUGGUGUUUCUGCUGGGUCUAAUGUUUGAGAUUACAUCAAAGGUAGCAGUUUUGUUCAUAACUGUGCAAUACAAUGUUACAAUUCCAGCAAAUGGGGGUCCAGAGGAAACACCCGUGAAUUACUUCCAUUAUGGUCUGAAAGAUGUGGCCACAGUCUUCUUCUACAUGUUAGUGGCCAUUAUCAUGCACGCCAUUAUUCAGGAAUAUGUGCUGGACAAAAUCAACAGAAAGAUGCACUUCUCCAAAACCAAGCAUAGCAAGUUCAAUGAGUCGGGGCAGCUGAGUGCAUUCUACCUCUUCUCCUGCGUGUGGGGAGCCAGCAUUCUAGUCUCUGAGAAUCUCCUGUCCAAUCCCGUCAGCCUGUGGGACGGCUACCCGCACACUCUUAUGCCGUUCCAGCUGAAGUUCUACUACAUCUGUCAGCUCGGCUACUGGCUUCAUGCAAUCCCCGAGCUCUACUUCCAGAAAGCCAAGAAAGAAGACAUUCCUCGCCAGCUUGUUUAUAUAAGUCUUUACUUGGUCCAAAUUGCAGGAGCCUACAUUCUGAAUCUGAACCGGUUGGGCCUGGUGUUGCUGGUUUUGCAUUACUUUGUCGAGUUCCUCUUCCAUGUUUCCCGACUCAUUUACUUCAGCAAUGAGGAAAGGCAGACCGGGUUUUCAGUGUGGGCUGUUCUGUUUGUGCUGGGCCGCUUGUUGACUCUUUCCCUGUCUGUUCUUACUGUGGGCUUUGGGCUGGCCGGAGCAGAGAAACAGGGUCUGAACAUCGCUGAGGGAAGCUUUAAUGUCCUGUUUGUUCGGGUGACUGUCCUGGCUGCAAUAUGCACCACUCAGGCUUUUAUGAUGUGGAAAUUUAUCAACUUCCAGCUGCGACGAUGGAGAGAACAUGCACAGACUCAGACCUUAAAAAAGAAACCAUCGACUUCUAAGAGCAAAUCAAAGAAAGCCAAUGGUGUGAACGGAUCUGUUGGUGCCAGUGGAGCAGAUUCUCCCAGAGCGAGGAAGGAGAAGUCAUCAUAAACCACCCACAUUCCCAGAUUCUGUACUGGAUGAAAUCAGCCUGAUCAUUCCUCUCCCUCCUUUUCGCUCCACAGUUUGUCUGUUGCCCAUUUCCCCUCUUAUUUAUCUGAAAAAACUCUGCAAUAUGGCAACUUCCUUAUCCUGCUCUUUGAUCCUGUAGGAUGUUGAAUGCUGUAUUUCACAAAGCCAUCAAACCAGUAUGUCUCUUUGCAAGAAGGGCUUAUGGGAAAAAUGUGGCUUUUUUUUUUCUUUUAUUUCGCCUACAUUUGUUUCUUUUUUCCAAAGGUCCCUACGCUCUCUGCUUUAUUUGCUUUAUCCAAAACUAUGAUCCAGCCAUACCUACAAAUAAAAGCUGUGGGGAAAAAAGUAAUUUAUUUUUAUUUUUACAAGUGCCUAUCCAUACAUCAUUUUGACAAAUCAGAGAUGGUUAAUCCAGUAUUUUAACUUUGUUUGAAAUCAGGGUUGUAUUUAAAGUUUUCUGAAGCCUCACAGCUUUUUUUCUGAUUCUAUCCUAUGCAUUUGGAACCAUGUCUAAUGUCUCUUCAUUAUGUUGUUGUAUAAAAGCAUUGUCACACUUUUUUUUUUCUUGUUCAAACAUUCAUUUGAUGCCUUUUUUAAACAAAUAUGGAUUCCAUUUGUUGCACUGGUCAAGCUAAUAGUGUAAUGCUUCACAAAUGUUGUUUAUUUAGCAAAGGAACAUGUCCCUGCAAUGUGCUUUAGAUUCUACCUUUUUAAUCUUGAACUUUGCACCGCUGACUUUGCUGUCUGGUGUAGAUGACACAUGCAAAUGUCAAAUCACUAGUGUCAUUCCAUGAGAAUGUGAGCAUGUGGUCAAAAUCUUAAGGAAAAGUUCUCAGACAUAUUUUUCAUAGCAGAUAGUUUCAGUUUAAGAACAACAAUACUCUGAGAAAGAAGUUAGGAACAAUCAUUCUCACCUUUCUUUUACCCAAGUACAACAAAUUAGAAAGACAACCAGUGAAUACAUUAAUAAAAAUGUUGUUUUCAUGGUUA